AAUAAUUUAUUCCUUUAAAUGUCCAGAUAUUGCUAAAUACCUGAUAUUCUCUUUUAAUAGUCUAUUAGUUGAUUCUACUGGACGUUCAGGUUAGCUGCGGAAUUUUUAUUGCAUGGCAAUUGCUAUCUGAAUUAUAGCGAGCAGAACAGGAGAUGUCGGGCUCUACGAAUGAUCUGCUUCAACUUGCGCAGUGGGUUGUCUCGAAAGGUGGUUUCUGUUCAGAAAAUCUAUCGUUUUCAAUAGACGACAAAUCUGGAUCAACCGCGCACGCUUCUUCCCUCAUAAACGCCAGCGAAAGCAAUCCUCUCCCUAUACUUUCCUGCCCCCUCAGUCUAGUCAUUGAUUUCGAAAAGGCUGCUACAUAUAUCUGGGGAACUAGCUCAGCCUGUCCGAUAAAGUCUGAUCCGGUCAUUGCAGUCCGCAUCUAUUUAUGUCUCCAGCGUCUCGAGGGGGAAAAUGCAGAGUAUUUUCCAUACAUCAAGACUCUGCCGUCUUUGUUCGGCACUCCGAUCUUCUUCACGGCAAAUGAACUUGAUCUCCUGCGCGGAACAAAUCUAUACGGCGACGUCGAACAAAGAAGAGCAAAAUGGAUCACCGAGCACUCAGAGAUCCUUCCCCACAUCCCCGACACCUUCGACAAGUCCAGACUGACGUCCGAGCUGUAUCUAUGGGCAUGCACCGUGCUCACCUCGCGCUCGUUCCCGUCAAAGAUCGUGUUCAAUACAGCUGCAGAGGAAGAAGAUUCCUCGUACCCGGUGCUGAUUCCUUUGGUUGACUCGCUGAAUCAUUACCCACGAACUCCGGUCGUGUGGAACGUUGAUCCUUCUUCGUUUGCGCUGGCGGCUGCGACUACGAUCGAGGAAGGGCGGGAGAUUUUUAAUAAUUACGGACCUAAAGGCAACGAAGAACUGUUGAUGGGAUACGGAUUCUGCUUACCCGAUAACGAGUUCGAUCUCGUUUCUCUCAAACUGAGACUCCCGAACCUGACUCCUGAUCAAAUCGCAAUCCUACAAACGAGCCCAGACACCGAAAACAGCGGUAUAUUCUACCUCACACUAGCCCAUCCACUCCCCGACUCCUUGGUCCGUCUAUUCUGCGUCAACGUCGCGAACGAAGCCGAGUUGGAGCACAUGAAGUCGAAUACAGAGACAGACAGUCUCCGUUGUAAGCUCGACGCUCUGAUGAAUCUCAGCAUCGCUAUAUCUAGAAAACUCUCGGGUCACCGGCUUCCAGAGUUGCGAGACGAGUCUAGCUCCACCGAACGGAAUAUUUACCUCUAUAUAUCUGGCCAGGUAAGGAUUCUAUCGGCAUGCGCUGCUGCAAUCUACAGACAGAUUCUCGACUCUAUAGCACCGAGGUCCAGCGCUAGUUUCAGUUUCGAGAACGAGAAACUUCGGCAAAUAAUAAAAGCAGAACUGCCGAGUUGCGGAUUACAUCUCGAGACUCUUGCUGCAGACGCGAGGUUUUCGCAGUUCUUCAACGCGGUGAAAUCAGUACAUUCUGAUUUCCUAACCUCGGAAAUGGACGAACUAUAUCUCUCGGUUUUCAUCGCACAUCUAGCUAUACUCAGCUACUCCUCCGACAAGGCAUCGCCGUACCGCGAAUGGAUAGAAUCGAUGCGAACGCGCUAUGACGACAAAGAAGAGCCGGAUGCAGAUGCCGCGGAUCAAUUAGAGUAUAUGGACGACAUACUGCAAAACUUGGCAGAGGUAUGUCCCGAGGUUUUUGCAGGAGACGCGUGGUCGCAGACGCUGCUGGCAUGGGCGAUGAAGGUGGUGGGAUCUGAGGCUGUGUAUUUCCAUUACGAGGAGCGGAGCGAGCCGAUGCUUGUCGUGAUAACGGGGAAAUGA